GAUUGGUGGAGUUGAGUGAGACAGGCCGUAGCGGUGACGUGAGCGGUGUCUGGCUGAAUGGUUUCAUCGAUGGGGUUCUCAUCUCUGAUAAUCAUCUUUGCUGCUAUGCAAUACAUCGUUCAUCCCGGAUCAACCUGUAGAACACGACUGCCACCUAUAGGACCACGCCUGUUGACUGCUAAAGCUACGUUUGGUGAAGUCAUGCGAAGGUGUACGAAAGAAAUGCAUGCGUAUUCAAAAACUAUUCCACCACAAAAGCUACACCAGCUGGUACCCAUUCUAUGCUCUAUGUACAAUACGUGCAUUCCGCUGGCUGAAGAGAAGAACCUAAAACCGGUACUUGAUUGUGGCCUGACUAUGCUGAUGAAUAAGAGUUCUUUACUGUAUACGAAGCUGCACUUGCCUAUUGAGUACACCUACACCGGAGAGAAAGCUUUGGUGUGCUUCGUUAACGUACUCGAAAGUACCGGUGCUGGAAUACAAGCUAUAGACGACACCACCGCAUUUUUCCGGAUGGCAGUCUUCACAUAUGGAUGGACGUGAAGGAAAAUGUCUCUGAAACAUGUGACUUUCACCAGACGAAUUUGCAUCAUGCACGACUAUGUUCAAGAUUGAAAUGUGUACACUUGUCGCAUUCGGAGGCAAAGAUGAAUAUAAAGGAUUUAAAAAAGGAAGUCACACAAGAAGACUGAACGAAAGAUGAUAAUGUUGUUGUGGUAGUUUACAUGGUGUUUCCUGAUAUGUGAUAAAGACACUUACACAAUAAUUCCUCGCCUACCUAUGAAGAGUAUAAUACAAAGAAUUUUGCGAAAAUGUAGC